AUGACCACCACAUCGGCAAAUAUCUACGGCAAUAACUCCAAAGUUGAAGUGGAUGCCCUUCAUAAAGAGAUAGCACGAUUGUCUCUCGAGCAGCGAUCCCUGAUUCGCUAUUCAUACAAGGUUUAUGGAAGCAGAAGCUACAAGGAACGGGCUCGGCUUAUUUGUAAGCAUAUGGUGCCUGCACUAUUGGAGGUUUUGAACAUUUGUAUGGAUAGACAAAUAACUCCAGAGAUAUCACAAGCAUGGGAAAGGCUAUAUGACAUCAUCGGCAAUAUGAUCGGUCUGCAGAAGGGCAUAAGAAGACACGAUAUGUAA